CUCGCCCUUCUGUGUCGGCCCGGUCGCCUCGGGAACCCUUCACUUGGCUUGGCGGCGGCUGGCUGUGCCCUGGCUCGGGCAGAGGUCGCCUGAAUGCGGUACUCACCGAGGUCCCUGAGUUGUAGGCGAAUGAUCACCAGAUGAAAAGUUGUAAAAUUAUUUGAGAGUUGGCGCUGAAUCUAACAUUCAAUAAUGGCAACAGGUGACUUAAAAAGAAGCUUGCGGAAGCUAGAACAAGUGCUUCGUUUGCUAAAUUACCCUAAUGAGGUGGAUUAUGUUGGUUUGAUGAAGGGGGACACAGCAGCAUCUUUGCCUAUCAUUAGCUAUUCUCUUACCUCAUACUCCCCUUAUAUAUCAGAACUUCUGAUGGAGUCCAACGUAGACCUCAUCUCAAAGAAUGAUGUGCGCUUCACAGAUACCGUCUAUAAGCUUCUUCGUGAUCAAUUUGAUUAUAAACCAAUUUUGACAAAAAAGCAAUUUAUACAGUCCGGAUUUGCUGAAUGGAAAAUCCAAAUUGUGUGUGAUAUAUUGAAUUGUGUGAUGAAAAAGCACAAGGAAUUGACUGGCUCUGACAAGACUUCGUCAUGCCAGAGAAAGAAAAGCAUCCCGGAAAGGCCCGAACCUUGUUCAAGCAGUGAGAACGCGCCUGGAGAGGCUGUGGGCAUUGACAUCACUGGCCGGUUUAUGACUUCAGGAAAGAAGAAAGCUGUGGUGAUCCGUCAUCUGUACACAGAAGAUGACAUUGACCUUCCCGAACGGACAGUGAGUUCCACAGAAGGGAGUGAAGGGUGUGAUGAGUCAGAAGAGACGACUUCUCAAGUCACGAUUCAUGACGGGCAGGCCUCUGAAGUCAAGGCUCAGCUGAAAGAUCUUUGUGACAACCCUGAGCUCACUGCACUUCACAUAGCUCUUGCUGAAUGUCAAGACAAGCUUAAGAGGCUGACUUGUGUAGAGAAAAGACUCCAGUAUUUGGAAGCUGCAACAAAAGGGAAGGUCAUGGUCGAUGAGAAGGCCUGGAAUAAUCUCCUAAGUCGAGUCACUCUUCUUGAAACAGAGAUGCUUUUGUCUAAAAAGAAUGAAUGUGUAGAGCUUAAUGCAGCAAGUGAAGACAAUGACUCUGAUAGUGUCGUGGGUGCUGUGUCCAUUGAUAAAAAAUACAGUGUGGGGGCACCAGCCAGAACAUAUCGGUCAUCUGGCUACAGUACACUGUCACCAGAGUCAACGCCCAGAGCCUCCACUGUUAACUAUUGUGGCUUGAAAGAUUUUUCAGAGGAAACAACACUUCAGAAAAUGGAAAGGAUGAAAAAAAUGUUUGAAGAGACUGCAGAGCUACUGAAAUGCUCAAGUCACUAACUGUACAGUUUUUCUGCGUGAGCAUCUCUAGGACUUUGCUACUUAUAAUGCUAUAUUUAAGAAUUCCUUGUACACUUUUAAUAUACUGUAAUAUAUUAUUAAGAAUUUGAAUUCUGUUUGGUGUGUGUUUUUCAUUGCUAAAUAAAUAUUUUUAAUAUUGUA